GAAGGAUGAUGAUGGAUGAUACAUUGUGCGCAAUUUGCAUGGAUAUUGAAAGACAAAAUGUCACAUCAGAGUUGAUGGAUUUCAAUGUUGAAUCGAAUUUAGAACCUGAGAUAUCGAUGGAUUGUGCUCUCUAUGAUUGUAUACCUCCAGAACUAGUGGUCAACAUCGAUAGUUAUUUAUCCUUUGAGGAUAGCCUCCAUUUUCAAGAAUGUUCGAACUAUAUCAAAUGCGCAUUGUGUUCCAACUGGUGUAAAUAUGACAAAAUCCAGAUAAGCGAUGACCCUCUCGAUUGUUAUAUCAUUAGUACUAAAGGUCGUGUACCUAAACGAAAUUUUUUGGAAACCAAUUUGAAUACAGUUUUCAUAACAUGUAAUAAGAUCGUGGAAGUGAUGAUGAUUAUGAAAGAUGUCGGAUCAUUACAAAGAUGCAAUGCUGAUGUGCCGCAGUCAUUGAAAGAUAUAUCACUGUAUCAAGCAAAUGGUUAUCUGGGAUAUCUAUUCUCGAAGACACCUCAACAAGUGGUAGCUCAGCUUAAGACUGUUUCAUUGCAUGUUGACAUCAUGCGUGAUAAUCUGAGACAGUUAUGCUUUCCGUGUCCAACUCAAGACCUUCUUUAUUCCAUUCAUCACCUGGCCGAUUCUCAUUUCGAAACUUUCACUCAGAUUUCAUUUUGUUCAGCAACAAUACAACCGGAGGACUGUCAUCUCAGAAAUAUGUUGCUGAAUAGCAUGGAAAUGACGCUGAAGAAUAUUGCCAAAUAUUGCGCAAAAACUGAUUUCACUGUUGAUGCAGCAGAAGGUUAUGCAGAUAUGACUGUGGAAAAGGGGAAAGUAGAAUAUUCAUUCGCAUUCUUUUAUUAUAAUCCUCAUAUUUGUGGGACGGAUCCACAAUCAACAAUGGAAGGAAUGGAUCAGAUUGAUGAACAGCUGAGAAAGAUAUCAAGUUCAUCUUACACGACUUCUCUUGGAGGUUGCUUUAAAAAGCGAAAAAGACCGGGCUUGCCACCUGAUUUGUCUGUAGCUAUUAUUUGCGGUGAAUAAAGAAG